AUUUAUGUAAAUCAUGAAAAAUCUUUGUUUUGGAGAAUCAAAUUUCAAAAUGUGCUAGACGUAUUUAUAAUAUUUUGACUUUAAUUGUGUAAAAUUAGCAAAGCAUAUCUUGACCAGUUAAUGUAGGAGUUGUGACAAAAUGGUGUUUACAGUUUAAAAACUAAUGUUAAAAUGGCUUCCAGAGAAAACCUACCAAAGAUUGUACGAGAUGUGCAAGACAUUGUAACCGAUUUAUGCAAAGAGUUCGAAUCAACGAAAGAACCGAUAACAGAUGACAAUCACAACCUGCAUAAAUUAUGUGCAAAACUUGAAUUUCUGCUCACGUCAAGUUCGAAAGAAAAGAAAGUUUUAGGCGGUAGAAGAAGUUAUUGGCAUUGGAUGUUUGGUUGUUUACGUCACACACGAGGUUUAAAUGAUGGAUUGAGAUAUGUACAAGCUAAUAAAGAGGUACGUACAUCAAAAGGCAAAGGCCGUGCAUUGAUCCGAUACUGUCUUGUCCACCAAACACUUGCCGAUAGUUUCCAAAAUUGUAUUAUGAACUCUUCGCUUACGAGUCAGCACUUUUCUGAUGACUCAGUUUUGCUGAAUGGAAUUUAUUCAUCAGCAUUUGUGACAUCACUAUACGAUUUAAAUGCAGUCAACUUUGACCUCAUUUCCAAAGGUUAUGACCUUGAUGCAGGAUGGCCUACUUUUGCAAGCAAACGCAGUUCAAAUGGUGGCGAACAGUGGGCAUUACAAAGCCAUGUUGGUAGUCUUGGUAGUUUAACAAGUGCAUCGGUGGUGAUGGACCAUCCACAAAUUGGGAGAUUACAUAAUGGAAGUGGAAGCAGUGGACCAUCCAGUGUUGAUCAACGCAUUGAAGAUUUGGUUCUUGAACUUGAUCAAUCUGACCAUAAGAUAAGAGAACAACAGGACCUCAUCCACCAGCUUGAGAUGAAAGCUGAAACGUUGGAGAAUUCCACGGGUGAAAAGGAAGAGAUACUUGCUCGAGUUAUAACGGAUGUUGAGAAUAAGAAUCGUCAUCUACAUCAUGCAAUGAGCAACAUGUCAUCGGAGUUUGAGGCAAGAGAGCUUCAGUGGAAAGAAAAAUAUGAAGAAAUUUCAAAAUUAAACUCCAGUCUUGAAGAUUCCAACACACAACUCAUGCAGAAGAUGCAGCAACUAGAAAACGACAAACACAAUUUAGAAGAGAUGGUUUCACAACAAAUGUCGCAACUUACCCGCAGUUUUUCGUCCAAUUCAUCGCCCCCUAGUACCAUGCUAACCCCUGUAACCUCUACCCCAAAUUUUGAACAAGUAGACAAUGGAAACCGGCAGAAUGCGGAUGAUUUGGCGAAAAACGAGGAACUUAUUGCUAUCAGAGCGGAAUUAAAAUCUGUGACCCAAAACUGCGCAGAGUAUGAACGCCGACUCGCAAAUGACGCGGCAAAUUUAUCGAAAAUUGCGGAACUUCAAGCACAACUCAGCGAAAAUGAGGAAAUGUCGUCUUUGUUUGUUGAAAAUGAGAAGAGAAGAGCAGCCGAAGAUGCGGUGACUUCCAUUUUGAAGAGGAUUGUUCCUCAUCUUCCACAAGAUGAUUCUUCAACAAAUGAUCCAACAGAUCAGGUUGACCGAAUUGUAAACAGGAUUAUAUCAUUAACUCAAACAAACAAAACACAAGAACAAUUUCAAACUUCUGCUCAAGGCAACGGUUCAAAACAACAGGUGGAAAUUGACAGUUUAAAAGCUGAAAAUGAACUUCUUGCUAUUGAUCGAGACACUGCUAAUGUUGAAGUGACGCAAACCAAGCUUAAGUUUGGAGAUCUUCUUACCCAGGUGGAAAAUCUUAAGCUUCAAUUAGAGGCUGAGCUCACCACCAGCUCAUUGCGCAUCACUGAACUUGAGGAACAACUUCUCUUCUCGGAGGAAAAGUCCUCCAAUCUCCAGCGACAUCAUGUCGAGAUGUUAGCCGACCUUAAGAUGGCGCAAGAGAGCUUGAAGCAAUUUGAAACCGAAGCUGAAGUUGCGAAAAAUAAAGUUGUGCAGCUUGAAACAGAACUUAAACGCAAAGAAAGUGAAUGGGGAAAAGAAAAAGAAGAGCUUGAGGUUCAAAUGGAAGAAGAGAAGUCUGAAAAUGAGUUUUAUCUUGAAGAAAUCCACUCAGAAAUGAGUCGUCACGCGACAUUAAACGAAUCGAUUGAUCGUGAACUUGAGGUUGAAAAAGCAAAAAAUAUUUCAAUCCAAGGAGAGUUGAAUGUGGCACAAGUAACUAUUGCUUCAUUCACUGAGAAAAUGGAGAAGACUUGCAUGAAACUUCAACUUACUUCUGAAGCUAUGCUGGAAAUGAAGGGAGAAAUGGAGAAGCUUGAACUGAAGUACCAGAAAUCGUUGAACGAUGUCUCGUCUGCACUUAAUGAAGAGAAAAGUGGGAGAAAAGAAGAAAAAGAAAAUAGGUUGCAACUUGAAGGAAAAAUAAAUCAGAUUUUGGGAGCAGUGCACCUGUUCAUGCAAGAAACACAAUCUAAAGACAGUACUGAAAACCCACACUUUAAAACUCAGGAAUCCUUCCUAAAACAUUAUACAGAUGAUGUUUCACAGCUAACUGUGGAACUUCAACAUUCUGCAUUGAAGUAUCAAGUUAUGGCAGAUGACUUAAAAGAGAAAGAAGAAGAGUUAAAGAUGAUUCAAGAGCAGAUUGGAUGUGACAAGGAAACUUAUGGUUUGGAAAUCCAUUCAAUGGAAGAAGCUAUGAAGGAAUUACAAGCUACUGUGGAAAUUCAACAAAUCACAAUCAAAGAUAUUGGGGAUAAAUUUACUUCUCUUCAGGAGGAAAGAGCAAAUCACGUGGAUGAAAUUGAAAUUCUUGUCGCAAAAAAUGCAAAACUAUCUCAGGACCUGGACGCGGUAACAACAACAAGAGAUUCGUUAAAAGAAGAGUUGUCGGAAUCAAGUUUAAAAGUUACGGAGCUUGAAACAAAUACUCAAAGUCAGUUGAAUGACAUCAUCAGUUUGAAGGAGAAAAUAACAGAACUUCUAUUUGACAAAGAUCAUUUAUGGAAAGAUUCGCAGAACCUUCGCUUGCAAAUUGACGAGCUGGAGAAAUCAGUGGACCAUGACGAUGGCGAAACAUUGGACACGGUUGAUUGGAUAUCAGAUGAUGAUGUCACCAACUGUGGGUCAUGUGACCAGAAGUUUUCACUCACCCUCCGCAAACAUCAUUGCAGGGUUUGUGGAAAGAUUUUCUGCAAAAAUUGUUCCGACAAUUGGUUGAGUAAAGGGGACAAGAAACUGAGAUGUUGUGCCUCAUGUCAUGCAGGGGAAAGUUCUGGGCGAGGUAUAUUAAACAAAUCCAUUCAAGGUGGAAAACCUGAGGUUAAAACUGAUGCUGUAAUUGAUAUUCCUCACACUGAAGAUGAUGUAGAAGAGACAAGAAACAGUUACGAAGAGAUAAAAGAUGACGAGGUAAAUAUAGAAGAGGAAGAAGUCCCUGUCUCUCCUGUUCAGAGUCCUGACAAGUCGUCCAUGUAUCAGAGUUUAAGUGGUUUGUUCACUAGAUCUAGUAGUUCUUCUCCCAUUGUUCUGGAUGUAAAGAAUGAAGACACGGUAACCAUAGCAGCCAGAACUGAGGUACACCUUCCAAUUUUAAUCGAAAACGAAGGGUUAAAGUUGAAAUGGUCAAUCUCAUCAAACAGGGACAUUUCAUUUAAACUGUUUUUCACUUUACCAGAGACCACAGAUGUGCACGAGUUGAUUCCAUCUCGUCGUAUUAACUCACAUGUUGAAGCUUUUGAAGGCAACCUGGUAGCUCGGAAGUGUGGCAUAUAUACCAUAGUGUUGGAUAACACCUUCUCAAAACUCACAGCAAAAGAAGUGACAUAUAAGAUUGGCGUGACCAGAAACUUACCUACUGAAGCUUGAGAGGAAACAUUCAUAUAAACGACUUAACUUGUUUUUGCUUGGUGAUUUGAGCAGAACUGUGGGAGUUUUUAAGACUAGUGUCUAUUUAUUGCGUUUUGUCUCGCUUGUGCAAUGUUUUGUGUUUUUGUUGCCAGUUUUAAUCUGCUUCUUGUGCUUGUGCCUUACUGUGUGUGGUAAUAUGCCUUAAUUUGCCUACAACUAUCAUUUUUUUCUCAAUUUGACAAACUUUUUCAUUGCUGUUUCUUUUUCAAAAGUACUCAUGUAAACAAUCAAAGUAGCAGUUGUUUUUGUUAUGAAAUAUUAAUAUUACAAUAUGUAUUUAACAAGUUGUUUAAAUUUUCCAUG